GCCCGGACCUGCUCCCUGCGCUCUGCCCCGCGCUCUCUCCGCAGAUGGCGCCGGCUGCUAGGCCCUGGGCGCGGGCCCUGUGGCGGACCUGCAACUGGCUCAUGGCCGCCUUCUUCGCGCUGGCGGCCUUUGUGCAGGUAAAUGAUCCAGAUGCCGAGCUGUGGGUGGUGAUGUACACGAUACCUGCAGUACUGACCCUGCUUGUGGGAUUUAAUCCUCUUGUCACAGGUAACAUUAUUUGGAAGAGCAUCUCUGCGAUACACAUAUUCUUUUGUGUGGUGUGGGCUGUCGGCUUGGCAUACCACCUCCUGCUUCACACACAACAGCACAUCUUACACGAGGAAGAAGGCAGGGAGCUGUCUGGUCUGGUGAUUAUCACAGCAUGGAUGAGUCUAUGCCACAGUUCCUCAAAACAGAAUAUCACUUUGUCGCCCUUGGUGGGGUGCCAUGGCAUCAUAGCUCACACAGCGCCUGUGGCUCAGUCAGAAUCCAGCUGGUGGAAGAAUUCAGUUGGUUAUUGCCACUGUAAUCACUCUUUUCCCAUUUGUCUCAUGGGUCUACAUAUAUAUAAACAAGGACAUUCGGUCCUCCUGGCCAACUCACUGCAAGACAGUAAUUUAAAUGACUUGAAGAAUCCUGUUAUUAAAAUAAACAUUUUCAGUCAAUGUUUUAUAAACAUUUGGGGUAGCCAUCCAGUUUUGCAGGAGUUUAUUUCAGGUCAUUUGGGCAAAUAGAGUUUGGGUUGUUUUUUAAAUCCUAAGAACUUUUUAAGGUUGCCUACAAUUCAAUGUAAGAUUGGAUGGGACUAGUUAAGAAAUAGGGUGUGGUAUUCUCUGGAAGUCUUUCUGAAAGUUAUUGUGUAUCCACUUUAUGGGGGCAAGACAUGAUUGCAAGAGGGACUUUACCUAACAAUUGCAAUCAGUGUAACCUGGCUUAUUGUACCCUCAAUGAAUCCCCAACAAUAAAAAAAAAAAAAGUUAUUGUGUAUCAUAGGGUAGUGGAAAAGGCAUAGAACAAAGGUUUAAAAAUGUGAGUUCUAAUUCAACUCCUCUCUACCCAUGUGAUUUGGGAAAAUAUAUAAAAUAGGAUCUACUUACACAGUUGCAAAGAUCAAAUCAGAAAAUACAAAAACAUUCUAAAAAUAUGGAAGUGCUUGCCAAGAUUACAAAGGGCCUACUCAUGAUUAAAAGAGAGGGAAGCGAGGUUUGGGUAACGUACUAAAAUAGAGGUUCCAGGGCGGCGCCUGUGGCUCAGUCGGUAGGGAGCUGGCCCCAUAUACCGAGGGUGGCGGGUUCAAACCUGGCACCGGCUGAACUGCAAACCAAAAAAUAGCUGGGUGCUGUGGCGGGCGCCUGUAGUCCCAGCUACUCAGGAGGCUGAGGCAAGAGAAUCGCUUAAGCCCAGGAGUUGGAGGUUGCUGUGAGCUGUGUGAUGCCAUGGCACUCUAUUGAGGGUGAUAAAGUAAGACUCUUGUCUCUACAAAAAAAAAUAAAAUAAAAUAGAGGUUCCAGAAAGGGUGAUACACUAAUCUCAGUAGUUCCUGACCUGGUCUCAUGAACUACAGAACUCUACUUGAAACCAAGGCACAGGCAUGUCUUGGAAAGAAAGGGAAGUGGAUAGAAUAAAGGCACUUGAGACCAAUGAGGAAGGAAAUAGGGAAUGUUAAUUACAUUCUAAAUGAGGAAUAAGGCUCAAAAUCUAUAUACAUUCUUUUUAAACAGAUGUCCGAAGUAAGCCCAGUGAGGCUUACUUUGAGAGCUGCACUCUCUAGGAUGGGAACCACUAGCCACAUGUUGCUGUGAAGCACCUGAAAUUGGCUAGACUAAGAAAGUAAAUUUUAAUUUUUUUCAUUCUCAUUUUAAUCUAAAAACUGACAGUCAAUUAUCAGAAAACUUUAAGUGUGUGUGGAACAACUUGGGCAUAUGAAUCUACUUUUCAAUUAAAAAAUAUUGUAAUAUCUAAAUACAGAUCAAGUGUUCUUAAUGAAAAUUUAGCGUCCCAAUGAGUAGGCUUUAAAUAUAAAAUACACACUAGAUUUUAAAGAAUGGUACACAAAGAAUGUAAUUUUAUAUUGAUCACAUGUUGAAAUACUUUAGAUAUAUUAGGUUAAAUAUAUCAUUAAAAUCGAUUUUAUGUUUCCAUUAACGUUUUUUUCCAUUUAUGU